ACUUCAUGGAUUUCAUGUGGGUAAAGUUCCCUGGUUGAAAAACAAUAAAACUUGGCACGUGGUAAAUAUUAAUUUAUUGUGUAGAUUAAUUAGUUUUUUUUAAAUAAUGAAUACGACAAUGGACGUGCCAUCAGACGAGGAGGAUGAAUUAAAAAUUCAACAUUUUCAUGAAAUGGAGUUAGAUGACAGAAUUUUAAAAGCAAUCGCAAAAUUAGGUUGGGCCGAACCGACCCUGAUUCAAGAGAAAACAAUUCCACUUUUACUGGACGGAAAGGAUGUUUUGAUAAGAGCUCGAACUGGAUCGGGUAAAACUGGAGCGUUCGCAAUUCCUUUAAUUCAAAAGAUAUUGACUAGAAAGGAAAAUCAGAGUCACCAGGAAGUGAAAGGACUUAUACUCGCGCCCUCCAAAGAAUUAUGUAAACAAAUUUCUCAAGUAAUCGACGCAUUGACGACAAAAUGUUCACGAGAAGUGACAAAAGUCGAUAUCAGUCCACAGGAAGAUUUAAAUGUUCAAAAACCAUUGCUACUCAGAUGUCCCGAUAUUGUUGUCGGUACUCCAGGUCGAACUCUACAGCACAUAAAUGCCGGCAAUUUAAAUUUAAAAAAUAGUCUCGAAACAUUAAUUAUCGACGAAGCUGAUUUGGUAUUUUCCUUUGGCUAUGAAGACGAAGUAAAGGGUGUAUUGAAACAUUUACCAAAAGCUUGUCAAUCAAUAUUGGCGUCUGCAACUUUAUCCAAUGAUGUUUUGACUCUGAAAAAAUUAGUAUUACAUAAUCCGGCAAUUUUAAAACUGGAAGAACCGCCUCUUGCUCCUCCAUCGCAACUCGCUCAUUAUACACUUGCAGCCGAGGAAAAUGAUAAAGCUGCGAUUUUAUACGCCCUCUUGAAGCUUCACUUAAUUCGGGGAAAAAGUAUCAUAUUCGUAAAUACAGUGGAUCGUUGUUACAAGUUAAAAUUGUUUUUAGAACAAUUUGGAAUUCCAACUUGUGUCUUGAAUUCCGAAUUGCCGGCAAGUUCGAGAUGCAGAGCAGUCAUGCAAUUUAAUACCGGAACUUACGAUAUUAUCAUUGCUUCCGAUGAACAAGCACUGGAAGAACCCCACGUGGUGAAACAAAAGACAAAACGCAGGAAAGACAAAGAAUCUGGAGUAGCUCGUGGUAUUGACUUUCAAUUCGUUUCGAAUGUGAUAAAUUUCGACUUUCCUUUGGACGUGAAUUCUUAUAUUCAUCGGGCAGGUCGCACAGCUCGUGGAAAAAAUCAAGGAUCUGCUUUAAGUUUCAUAUCAAUUCGCGAACGAGAACUAAUGGAAAAUGUUGACAAAGAAUUAAAACAGGAAUAUGGUCGUGAAACACUUUUUAAAACUUAUCAAUUCAAACUAGACGAAGUUGAAGGCUUUCGUUAUCGAGCCAAGGAUGCGUGGAAAGCAGUUACAAGAAUAGCAGUACGAGAGGCACGACUCAAGGAAAUCAAACAAGAAGUAUUGAGUUGUGAAAAAUUGAAAAGUCACUUUGAAGAGAAUCCUCGAGAUUUACAAUGUCUACGACAGGAUAAAGCAUUGCACACAGUUAAAUUGCAACCGCAUUUAAAAGAUGUACCCGAAUAUUUAGUGCCGAAUUCAUUGAAAAAAUUAGUUGGUCUAGGAAGAAGAAAAAGGAAGUUCGAUCGUAAUCUCGCAGCAUCUGGUGCGACUGCAGCAAAAUCAAAAUUCGCCGCAAGAUCAUCAAAUCCAUUACUUAGUUUUAAAUUAACUAAAAAGAAGAAAACUUAAAAUGUAUUAAUUUUAAUUAAUAUAAUAAUUGUAAAAAAUAUACGAGUCUUAUAUUAUACAAAAAGGAUUGUGUACAAAAAAACAUUUUUUUU